AUGCUGCACGACUUCACCCACCCUGUUUGCCGGGCUUGCUGCAACUACGAAGGGAUUGAUCGCAUUGCAGAGGUGAUAGACAAGGCCAAGCAUAUGCGGAUGGUGUUCGACACGAUAAUCCCGACCUCCGAGACACUCUCGAUGGCUAAGAGCCACGCUGAUAUCGCUGUGAACCUAAUGCCCGCAGUGACAGUGGCCACGGCUGGUGGCCGCCCCAUCAUGCGACCCAACGGACCCACGUACGCUGUCAUCCCGCACCCUGGAGGGAAAGUGCAAGUUAGCAUGGCCGGAGCUAAACCUUUUCUGGGCCUUCAGCCAUCGUUCGCAAGAAUGCAGCAAGUGAGCGUGGACCGCGCGGCUACCAUCCCGUUUGCAGCCAUGCAACCUCGUCCAAUGCACGUCACCGAGCCAGCGCAGAUCCAGACCCACGACUCCACCACCCAGCGGUUCGCGCAGAUACAGGAGACGCUAAACACUCUCGCGAAAUCUCCGCCGUUCCGCGUCCGCUUCAGCAAAGAUCAUUCCCUCAUCGGCCGAGUCAUCGCCUUCGACGCAGUGUGCAGAGGAUCGGACUACGAGCUGAAGGUGUUUAUCGAGUACCCCAUCGGCUCCCAGACAGUGUUCCAGAGCGCCUCCGGUGCUGGCCGACAGAUGUAUGGGGAGUUCCGCGAGCGACUCGGUAUCGGCGGAGGAUUCCGCGGAGCCUCGUCCAACGGAUACAAAGAUCUAGAAUUCGAGAAGCUGUUUGGGGAGGACGAAUGGCGCGUGCUCGGCGAGCUGCUCACCGAGGAAGUGAGGUUUUUUAGGGGACCCGUCAAGAAGGAACUUUUACCCACUCCUUACGUUGACCCCACUCAUCCCACUAUUCCUCCAGCCACCCUCAACGCCACGCGAGGUUUUCUGCGAAACAACCUCUUCAACAGAAAACGUCGCUCGUCUAACGAGGACGCCGAGAAGGAGGCCGAGGCGAGGAAAGAGAGACGCGUGCAGGAGAACGGCGUGGAAAACGUUAGCAACGGCCACCACUCUCCGAAAGCUCAGUCCCCGCGUUCUCCACCGCACGCGCAUGCGACGGCGCCCGGCUCCGGAUCCCCGCCGCGUGCCAACGGCGUCGGGAGCAACCCGACGAGCCCGCACAGCCCGCACAGCCCGCACAGCCCCGCCAAGACCGGAGGGAGCCCCACCCGCCUCUCUCCCUCCGAGCCCGCCAUGGUGUGUCUCCUCUGCCACAGAACGCUGGAAGACACCAGAUUCGUGCAGUGCCCCUCUCAGACGCAGCACAAGUUCUGCUUCUCCUGCUCUCGGGAGAGCAUAGUGCAGCAACAGGGGAAAUCGUCAGACGUCUACUGUCCUAGCGGGAUGCGCUGCCUAGUCUCUGGCAGCACCACUCCCUGGGCUUUCAUGGAGCAGGAGAUCACCACAAUCCUCGCUACAAGUAGCUCAUAA